AUGUCCUGGUUACCGUUGGAUAAUGAUCCCAACAAAAGAUCAGCCAGCUACGAUAUCCUGAGGGCGAGGCCUCCUCUGGCUUACCAUGAUAUAGAGGCUCCCCAGAGAAUAGUCUCAGACGACGUCAUGAUACGUAACAGAGGCCAGCCUUCCCCUUCGUCAAUUACAAGUUUCGGCGACAGUUUCCUUUCACACGGGAGUGAUUCCCAACGUCAAAGUGUGGGUAGUUAUCCAGUCAACACAGUAUACGAGCCAGACUUCGAGAAGCCGAUGGCCGACGGGCAGUCUAAGUUCAUGGAAACCUUCUCGAGAACCAGCAGCACCAGCUCUCGUAGGGUUGGUGUAAAUGAGGAGGACCAGAAGCCUGUGCAACCUGAAACCCAGCCACGCAUGAACCCAUCAACAAGCCUGUCAAAUGUGAACCUGUUCAGCUUUAGUGAGGCUGACGAGUCGACCAGAGAGUUUCACUACUCGCCCUCGAAGUCUGAGUUCGGCGAUGGCCUUGAAAAUGCAGAUUUUGUUAGCAUAAAGACGCUGCCUAUGAGUCAAUCCGAAGAUGAACUCAAUACUAUUCAGUCGUCGCUGCCGCCUAAAUCCUUGAUGUCUGGAAACUCCAACAUGGUGGGCCUGAUAAUAGGCAAAUAUGAUUACAGCGCCAGUGCAUUGGCUUUGAACCCUAAUACCGAUUCGAGAGGCACUGCCGCCUCCUUGACCCCCAGCUCCGCAUACUCCAAUGGCUCGCGUCCUAAUCUACACUUACCUGAAAUAGCGACGGACGAAAGAACCUUGAAAGAACCCGUUAAGACUGAUACCCAAGACAACCGCAGCCUGCAAGAGCUGGCUAAUAGCAAACGAAAGGAACACCUUCGAAACAACUCUGCAUCGUCCACGAUAUCUACAACAUCUACGUCUUCUACGCUAACGAAGAACAAUAAUCAGCAAAGAUUUCUCAGGUACGCUAUGGGUGCUCAUUCAUCUCAGCCAGCCUUGAACCCAACAACUCGAUGGCUGAUGGAUAACGUCAUAGCUUGGCUUGAUUACAAUGGUUUCAGCAGCUCAUGGAAGGAGACUUUCAAGAGAAACGAAAUUUCCGGAAAUAGAUUCUUGGAGUUGGGGAACUAUGAUUCUACUUCAAUGAUAUGGAAGCAGUUUAGCCGAAGUCUCGGCGUAGGAGACGAUAAAUCUAUUGUUGACCGUUUCAUUCAUCUUCUAAGGUCAGAACUAUACCAGCUUGAUUAUCCAUCCAGUGCCACAAGUGCUACAUUGGUGCCACCAGAGAUUGAAGUGCAAAAGAGAGCAGAGAACAGGAAGUCUUCCGCAACCCUUACGACACAUCUAUCGUCAUCUGUUCCGACUAAACCCCGUCCAUAUUCUUACGUUGACCCAUCCAGUGCCAAGGCGAACCCUUUGAGAGAUCAGUCCCAAUCCCAUUCUCAUAAGUUUUUCAGACUUCACCACAGGACUCUCUCUUCUGAGUCUACCAAAGCAAAUGCUAGCACUGCAAGCUUGCUGUCGUAUAAUCCUGGUCAUAGGUCAGCCACGGAUGAUCCAAGAAAUUCGACGGGCCAAAGAAUGAGUGGAAUAUUUAGCUCUAUUUGGAAGUACAGUGGCGACAAAGCUGCUGGUAUAGUCAAACAGGUUCACCCCAGCUCGGGGAGCUCCGGCGGCAGACAUUCUAGUGGACAUAAAAAGACCAGCCAUGGUUCGUCCAGUCACAGGAGGGCCGAACUGUCUGGCAGAAACAAUUCAUUUUUGAACAGAGAUUCUUUAUUAAGCUUGCAGCGUUCCCAAGAUGAUAGCACGCUUUCCCCAAUUUCGACAAAUUCAACAGGUUAUCCGCCGUUUGAAGUGGGCGAAUCCUCAGCAGAGAGUGAUAGGCUGUUAAGUGCUGAGAUAAAGAAAGAACAGCUAGAUGCUAGGUAUCUACCUGUACCAAAAAGCACACUUGAAGAUGAAUCGAAACUUAUUCUUCUUUCCAAGGAUAAUGUAUCUUUUAAGCCCUUACGAAUUUACUCGAAGGAUUUGGAUGACUUGGACCUGUUGAGAAAGAAGAUAUUCAAGUCAUUGGAUCUCCUCAACUUCGGCGUAAUUACGUUUCAUCUCACCGAUUUUGAUUGCAUUCCUGGAGAGCCUAUGACGGACGACGUUAUUGUUCAAGCUUUGCGUCAGAGUCUGCUUUCUAAGAUCCAUGUUCAGCAGAUAGUCAAUUCUCCUGGAACUAAUACAAUUUCCAGUACAUCGUCUGAUGCACGUUCCUUCGAUCUCACUGGGGACAAUAAUGGAAGGAUGUAUCCAGCUACUCCUCAGUAUCUUUUGCAAGACGCUCGUGAUAAGGGAGUGGAUUACAUAAACUUCAAAGAUCACGAAGCCUUCUCUCAGAUCAAGAAUCCAAAGGAUGCAAGGAGCCCUGCUGCACUGUUCCAACAUCCUUUGAAACUUACUAUUCCUGCCAAUAGAAGAGGAACAAAGAAGCCAACUCUUAAUCACGGUGCUGCCCAGCAAGGCUCUCGCAAAGUUGAAUUCACGCAUCAGGCUACCACACCGCUGGCCCAGUCCGAUUUGACCGAGGUUUCAAAGAAGCUGAAGAGCGACAAACUGCCAAACCUUCCAAAUUCGUCUAGCUUUAAAGACGGGCUAGCCAGUGACGACAAGAACUCAUUGUCUACAAAAGCAAUACGUUCGGCUAUAUUUAAAGAAGGUGCUUCGCGAGCUUCAUCACUGGGUCUGGAGUAUGAAAGGUCUAGUAAUUUUGUCGCCAAGCGUAAAGCUCCACCUCCUCCAACUGGAUCGGUGAGAUCGGGAAGGACUUUGCUGGGUGCCUCGAUUCUGCCUGCCUUGUCCAGGAAUGGAAGUGGAAGAAGGGUUUCGUCUAAACUGUCAUCACUCCGCAGAUCAGAGGAGGAUCCUAAUGCUUUUACGGAGAACGAAUUCAGUUUCGACGACGCACCAUCCUUUACCGCCAGAACGCCUUCACGAGCUUCACAGAGACAAGAUCAACCCGAUGAAGAUGCUGAUAAUGACGACUUCUUUGUGAAGCCAAUGGCAGAAAAACAAGAGCAUACUUCGGGGGAAACCAAUAACGACAGUGACAGCGAGGAAGACUUUUUUAUGAAGCCUACCCGGAAUAUCCAAAGUGCUGAAUUAAGAGAGAUGAAUGUUAGACCUCCUGUGGAAGAAGUUUACAACAAUCUUGAGAAGUAUUUCCCCAAUACCAAUCUUGAUAAGCCAAUCAUUGAUGCUUCUCCUGAGUCUCCUGUUGCUCAGGUGGUGAAUCCAAAGCGAACUUUCCCUACCCAGAGGAAAGAAUCUAUCUCACGUACUUUUUCAAACGCUAAUAAUUCUCCUGUGAACCCUCCAACAGACGAAGAUGGAAUAAUUCCGCUGGAAGGAAGUGGAAAAUUCUUCAAGAGAAUGAAGACGAUCAGAACGGUUGCCAACGAAGCUCGUAACAAGCGCUUAGCUAGUCAAAGAGCUAACAAAAAAUUCCCAGAGCCUCCAGCAAAGGCAGCAGACGAAAAGAGUGGAAAUCUGCUCCGCAGAACGAACACGAAGCUAUGGGGCCAAAAAGUUAUUGAAGUCACUUCAGCAGAAAUCGAAAAGGGCUUCGUGAGCCGCAUCAGGUCGAAUACCAGUUCUAAGUUUGAAGAAUUCGCUUGGAUUAAGGGUGAACUAAUUGGUCGAGGUUCCUUCGGUUCCGUAUACUUGGCUCUUAAUGUGACAACUGGUGAAAUGCUUGCAGUGAAACAAGUUGUGGUGAAUGACAGUUGGAACAAAACUUCAGAUGGCCUUGAUGCUUUGCAUAAGGAGGUCGAGACAAUGAAAGAUUUGGACCAUCUCAACAUCGUUCAGUACUUGGGAUUUGAACAGAAGAAAAAUACCUAUAGUUUGUUCCUCGAGUACGUUGGCGGUGGAUCGAUCUCAUCGUGUCUUAAAUCUUUUGGAAAAUUCGACGAACCUCUUGUCAAAUUUAUCACACAGCAGGUACUUGAAGGUCUCAAGUAUCUACACUCGAAUGGUAUCCUUCACAGAGAUUUGAAGGCGGACAAUUUGCUUCUUGAAACGGAUGGUACAUGUAAGAUAUCCGAUUUUGGUAUAUCUAAGAAAUCGCAGGACAUUUACAGCAAUAAUGCAGAGAUGUCUAUGCAAGGAACUGUGUUCUGGAUGGCACCUGAAGUGAUCCAUAAUAUCGUUGAAGACAAAAAACAAGGUUACAGUGCCAAGGUGGAUAUUUGGUCGCUAGGAUGUGUGGUACUCGAAAUGUUUGCCGGUCAAAGGCCGUGGUCUAAUGAGGCGGUGAUUAGUGCUAUUUACAAGAUCGGUAAGACGAAGUUGGCACCACCAAUUCCAGAAGAUGUCAGCGAUGAAGCUAAAGACUUCCUCAAGCAAUGCUUCACCACGGACUCUCAAAUCAGACCUACAGCCGAAAAGCUUCUCGAGCAUCCGUUCAUGAAGCGGGAUCCUAACUUCAGGUUCAACGAGACCAAAUUACGUGAAGCUAUCAAGUUCAACACCAGACGAGUCUAG